AUGAGCUCCAACAACACGCGCCGCGUCGAGCGAGUGAUCUUCCCGCCGAGGAAGACAAUCAUUCAUAGGCUCGACGCCAAUCCAGCCGGACACAGACAGCCCAACGCAGAGAAAAAGAUUGGGGCUCUGGCGCAGAUCCGGAGCCCCCAGCUGGGCUUCAUCUCGAUACCACUCGAUCAGCAGUGUCAACCUGAUAUCACAUCUGCCUCGGCGCUCGCCUGCAUUAUGCGAACGACAGAGCAUCAGGCGAGGCCGUGCGGCAGCUCUCCCCGCGCAGAUCGCCAGCCGAGUAAUGUGCCCACAGGGCUCACUGUCGCCUUCCGCCCUGUUCUGUCUUGCGCAUCAUGGAAGAAGCCAUGUGUCCUCCGCCUCGUCCUGCUACUUGCAGUUGUCGAUGUGAUCGCCCAGCCUAUCAAGAACAGGCACAUUUUGAUGCUGUUGGUGGUGCUGCUGAUACCAAACCACUGA